CAGCACUUGUUUGUAUAGCCUCACGGUUCUGUUUGAUACUUUGUUCAGUGUUCAUUCUUUAAAUAAGAAGGUACACAUACCACGCUGCGCCUUGGUCUCCUUCAUACGACGAAUGUGACAUUUUGAAGUCAGUCCCACUACAUCCUCCAGCUUGCUUCUCACUGACAGGGGCAUGGUUUCUAUCGCUGAGUUUCGGAACAGAGUUGUCAUCAGUCGGUCUCCCUCUGGAUCCUGUUCUGUUUCCUGCCUUGUUUCAGCUGUCCGUGUAAAUACACAGCCGGAUUCUCUGUCACCCCCAUUGGCUCUCCUUUUAGUGACUUUGUGUCCAUCCGUGCAGAUUACUCAUCUCUUAGGGCUCUCCAGACUCCUGGACGAAACAUUUCCUGUGCGUCUUCAACCUCAUUCCCGCCCCCGGAAACAAGACCUGUGACUGAUUCAUUUGCUUCGCACUGCAAUCAUGUGACUAACCACAACGCUCUGGGUUAGCUCAAAUGCGACGCAGCAGGAACAACGACCCAUCCCUGAACCAGGUCCAAAUGAGGUGUUGCUUCAGAUGCAUUCAGUUGGGAUCUGUGGGUCCGAUGUGCACUUCUGGCAAAAUGGACGCAUAGGUGACUAUGUGGUAAAGAAGCCCAUGGUGCUGGGGCAUGAGGCCUCUGGUCGGGUGGUGAAGGUGGGCUCAGCAGUGAAGAACCUCAAAGAAGGGGAUCGAGUCGCUGUAGAGCCAGGUGUCCCUCGCGAGAUAGAUGAGUUCUUCAAAUCAGGAAAAUACAAUCUUUCCCCCACUAUCUUCUUCUGUGCCACACCCCCUGAUGAUGGGAAUUUGUGCAGAUUUUACAAACACAGCGCCAACUUCUGUUACAAGCUGCCUGACAAUGUGACAUAUGAGGAGGGAGCCCUGAUUGAGCCCCUGUCUGUGGCUAUUCAUGCCUGCCGCAGAGCUGGAGUGACCCUGGGCAGCAGUGUACUGAUCUGUGGGGCAGGACCGAUUGGGUUGGUCUGUCUGCUGGUGGCCAAGGCUAUGGGUGCCUCACAGGUGGUCAUAACUGACCUGUCAGCAGAUCGCCUGGUCAUGGCCAAGGAGCUGGGAGCAGACUUCCCUCUGACUGUGAAGAGAGAGGAUGGGCCUGAGGAGCUGGCAAAGAGAGUUGAAGGACUGAUGGGAGCACAGCCUCAUAUCACCAUUGAGUGCACCGGUGUGGAGAGCAGUGUCCAGACUGCCAUUUAUGCUACACGUCCUGGAGGAGUGGUGGUUCUAGUGGGGUUGGGUGCAGCGAUGACCACUAUCCCACUGCUUAAUGCUGCUCUCAGAGAGGUGGACAUCAGAGGGGUCUUCCGCUACUGCAACACCUGGCCAAUAGCUAUAGCGAUGCUGGCCUCUAAGAAGGUGAACGUGGCGCCCCUGGUGACCCACCGGUUCCCCCUAGAGCAGGCUGUGCAGGCCUUCGAGACCACACGCCAGGGACAAGGGGUCAAGAUCAUGCUCAAGUGUGACAAGACUGACCAGAACCCCUGAGAGGACUGGGAACACCAGGACCAACAAGAGUCAGUGUAGACAACCAGUGUUCUAAAUCUUAACAGUUGAUUAUUCUGUUAUUUGUCUAUGUUGCCCCAUGUUAUUGUAUACUUUCAAUGUUUGAUUUUAUUCAGGCAUACAUCUUAAUCGGGUUACCUGUUGCCCAAACGGCAAUUUACACUCUUGAAAUGUGAUAUUUGGAGACGUUACUGUAUGAAACUAAGUAUAUGAUUUGACAAACGUGCUCACAGCAGCUUUCUCUUUCAUCAUGUGAUUUCAAGUUGCAUUUGAGUGGGAUUGCUUGAUUACCAUAUUUGUAUAAGAUAACACAAAACUGUUAAAUACAUCCUUUGAAUCUUAUAAACCAGAAAGUAUUUAAAUA